AUGGUAGAGGAAGGCGAGAUUCCUAUAUCACUUCAAAAAGUGAAACAUAUAUUACUAAUCCUCUCUGGAAAGGGGGGAGUGGGUAAAUCUUCAGUAACCACACAACUCGCCCUCACACUACUAAAUAGAGGAUUUAAAGUGGGGAUCCUAGAUAUUGAUCUUACCGGACCAUCGAUGCCAAGGAUGUUUGGACUAGAAGAUAAAAAGUUAUAUCAGUCAACUAGCAACGGCUGGAUUCCAGCUUUUUACGAUAGUACUAAGCAACUUUCCGUCUGCUCCAUAGGAUUUUUACUCAAUGACAGAGGUAACUCUAUAGUUUGGAGAGGACCAAAGAAGACAGGAAUGAUCAGACAAUUCAUGAAGGAUGUUCAAUGGGGGGAAUUGGACUAUUUGUUAGUGGAUACUCCACCGGGAACUUCUGAUGAACAUAUAGCAUUGGCAGAGGAGAUCAGAUAUUGCAAUAAUAUUGAUGGUGCAGUGAUCGUUACAACACCACAACUAGUUAGUGUGAGUGAUGUCCGGAAGGAAAUCAACUUCUGCCACAAGGUGAAGUUUCGUAUUCUAGGAAUAAUCGAAAACAUGUCGGGCUUUGUAUGUCCAUACUGUUCAACUUGUACCAAUAUAUUUGGAUCCGGAGGUGGAAAGAUAUUGGCUGACCAGUUGGCGAUUCCUUAUUUGGGAAAUGUUCCAAUUGAUCCCAAGUUUACAGAGUUGAUAGAAACACAACAGCAAAAGCGAGCGGAGAGUAAGGACGCCACAUUAAUGACACUUUAUAAAAAAUGUGAGCUUUCCAGCUUAUUUGACAAGAUCACCGAGCAGAUUCUCAGUGAGACGAAUCGAAAGCCGAAUUGA